GCUUUUCCGGUCGGCUGGCGUGGGGGAGCUGAGCGUGGCGCUGUCGGUACCAUGAGCGUCCCGGCUUUCAUCGACAUCACGGAGGAGGAUCAGGCUGCAGAACUUAGGGCUUACCUAAAAUCUAAGGGAGCUGAGAUCUCCGAAGAGAAUUCUGAAGGCGGACUUCAUGUUGACUUGGCUCAGAUCAUUGAGGCCUGUGAUGUGUGCCUAAAGGACGAUGAUAAAGAUGUUGAAAGUGUGAUGAACAGUGUAGUGUCUCUGCUACUUAUUCUGGAACCUGACAAGCAAGAGGCUUUGAUUGAAAGCCUGUGUGAGAAACUGGUCAAAUUUCGGGAAGGUGAACGACCAUCUCUUAGACUGCAGCUGCUGAGUAAUCUCUUCCAUGGCAUGGAUAAGAAUACCCCUGCCAGGUAUACAGUCUAUUGCAGCCUCAUUAAAGUAGCCUCCACCUGCGGUGCUAUACAGUACAUUCCGACUGAAUUGGAGCAGGUUCGAAAAUGGAUUUCAGAUUGGAACCUCAACACAGAAAAGAAACAUACUCUUCUUCGCUUAUUAUAUGAUGUGUUAGUGGACUGCAAAAAGAGCUUUUACCCUGGAAAAGCACAAUCUUUUGAUCUGCACAGCAACCUUGUGAGUGACAGUGCAGCAAAAGUAAUGGUAGAGUUGCUGGGAAGUUACACAGAGGACAAUGCUUCUCAGGCUAGAGUUGACGCUCACAGGUGUAUUGUCCGAGCCCUGAAGGAUCCAAAUACCUUUCUUUUUGAUCAUCUUCUUGCCUUGAAACCAGUUAAGUUUUUGGAAGGAGAACUUAUUCAUGAUCUUUUGACUAUUUUUGUGAGUGCUAAGUUAGCAUCCUAUGUCCGAUUUUAUCAAAACAACAAGGACUUCAUUGAUUCUCUUGGUUUAUUACAUGAACAGAAUAUGGCAAAAAUGAGACUGCUCACAUUUAUGGGAAUGGCAGUAGAAAACAAGGAAAUUUCAUUUGACACCAUGCAGCAAGAACUUCAGGUUGGAGCUGAUGAUGUAGAAGCAUUUGUUAUUGAUGCCGUAAAGACAAAAAUGGUGCAUUGCAAAAUUGAUCAAACACAGAGAAAAGUCGUGGUCAGUCACAGCACACACCGGACCUUUGGAAAGCAACAAUGGCAACAGCUGUAUGACAUGCUAAACUCCUGGAAACAGAAUUUGAAUCAAGUGAAAAACAGUCUUCUCAGUUUGUCUGAUACUUGAUUCUUUCACCUGUGAUGUGAUUGCUCAAAUGGAAGCUUAGCUACAGUAAACCGACUCAAUUUGUGAAGUUUUUAUUUGUUUUCAAAAUAUAUGAUUGGCAUUAAAUAAUUUGAAUUCCAGUAUGCAAAAACAAUAAAUUUAAACCUAAAGAAAUCUCAGAUUUGUCCGGCUUUUAUAAUAAUGAAAAAUAGUUUGUAUUCCUGCUUAAGCCGGGAAAGGAGCAGGGAGUCAGCAGGAUGAUAAUAGUGCAAACUAAUAGUAUUCUGUGGCCUUUAAUAACAUUGGUAACUUUCAGGGGGGAAAGUCUAGGGUUUUAAUUUAAAAGGCAUACAAACUGUAGGAAGGUGUACUGUUUUCUUCAUAUGUGAGAUUUUUACACACAUUUCUCGGAUUUCAUAAAACAUGGAUUCAAAAAAAGUUACAUUUCUGCUUUAUUGGCUGUCAUUGGUUUUUCUGGGUUGUCCUCAUACUUUCU